AUGUGCUCAUUUCCAGCAAUAGUUUGCUUUUCUAAAAUUUCAUACCUAAGUUCUUUGGCACUCAUCGUUGUUCGGAGUAUUCGUUUUCAUGUACUUCUGGUUGUAUGCCGUAUUUGUUGUUUGCUCUGCUUACCAGAAUAAGAACAUAUUCUUUAAUAUAGUUGUUUUUUUUAAAACGCAUCCUGUUGUUUUUGGAUGUUUCCAAUGUGUUGUUGUGCUUGAAACUAAUUUAGUGCGAAAUACAUCCUUUUGGUUAAUGUGGUUUGCAAGUUAAGAUGUCCCUUUUUUUUUUUUUUUAAGGUAGAGAAUUGACUUUAUUUUUCGUUCUUUUCAAACUUAUUGACAGAUCAUCAUGGUCCACCAAAGAUCAACUGCUGGCAAGAUCCAUUAAGCCCAUCUCAAUGGAAGGAAGAACAUGUGAGUGUUCGCCCAGAUUAUAUUUUAAGUGCAUUCCGAGAAAUCUGAACCGAAGAAUGUAGAAUUCAUCUCGAGGGGUUUUGGAUGCUGUUUUGUGACAGUCAAAAUAUUAAUCUUCACUAAACUGGUGCAAAAAGAAACGUUCUAUCUCCUGCGAAUCUCCAUAUGUUCCGCCUAGCUGAGAUAGCUGUUCUAUAUAUCUAAAAUUAGGGGCUCCUCUGAAGAAGGCAGCGAUGGCUUCUUGUGGCUUGGCUUCUAUUCAUUGAUAGCUUCUAUGCUUCCUGAACUACAUUAAUUUGAAUACUUUGCAGUUCGUGAUAGUCUCUUUGACCGGCUGGGGCCUUCUCUUCUAUGGAGGCUACAAGCUGGCCACCGGUGGCAAAAAGGAGAAGAAAGAAGAGGUACUUCCCUCCCCCUCCCCCUUCUCUAUGCCUCUUCCUUGUUCCAUGGCGAUCACCGCUGGGCAGAAGUUCAGCCUGGAGCCCAUUUCUGGUCCACUGGUUGGGGCUCUGGGCCCAGUGGUUGACUCUCACACUGAAGCCACCAUAUCUUUGGUAUUUUGCUUCAGAUACUGAGUACACCCAAUUAAUUGGCCGGAUCUAAGCAUUAAUUAGUUGAUUUCAUGGGGGGUGAAAAUCUCAUUCAUCCUGUAAUUAUGAAGUCGCUCAGUUGGAAUAUUUUGCUGGGUUAGUAAUAAUGAACCCAAAUAAAUUAAGAUGAAUUUAAUAGGAUGUCGACAGCCUCACUUAUCCUGUAAUGUAAAGGCCUUUUACUUUUGAUAUUUAUGCAUGGGUUUCUGGGUGAGUAACGACUUACCUAAAAUUGAUUUCAAGUAAGACAAAGAGCUCUUUAGUUGGAAUAUCUUGGCCUCUGGGUUUGGGUGAGUAGUAUGUAUUAUUGGGUCGACCCAACCAACCAACCUUGGGCGAGAACCGGAUUGAAGGAUCUUCCAUCCCUCGCCAAAACCUUAAACCUUAAACCCUAAACCAUCCAAUACUGAGACUUAACCCUUUGUUUCUGAUUCUUUCGGUGACUUCAACACCUGUUCUUGGUGCCUCUUUUUUGUUUUUUUUUUUUUUUUUCUUUCAGGUUGCAGCAGCACCCCAGCCCGCCCACUAG